UGACAGAUUUCCUAACCCUCAAAUGCAUCGUGUGUAGCGCGAAAUGACAUGUAGGUCGACGGUCGACGGUGCUUCCAGCGUUUCCAUAAGGGCGCAAGAAAAGUUUAUUAGCGCUUGAUUAAACCAGUCUUAAAGGAACGAGCGGCGACUUUUGUCUUUCGAAUCUUUGUUUUACAACGAUACGUCAAAUUCACCAAAAGGUAAAAAAAACGUAAAUUUAACAUUUACAACAUAAACGACUCUUACGUAAGAGAGUGCACGCGCUAGCUUAGCUGUUAAAAAAAAGUAACGUCUCCAGACGAGUGAUGGGAAAGUGACAGUUUCUCGGAAUUUUACGGUAUACAUGGACGAUUCAUGAAACGUGCUGCAGGAAGCUGAGAUGUGUGAUAAUUUUACUGUGAUUAUCGACUUAGCCAUAAAGAGAUUAAAGAUGAAAUGAAGCAGUGUCUUGCCAAUUAGCUGGAUAAGUUAAAAGUUAUAUCAUAAUGAUACCGCGAUAUUGAAGCUCCUAUACAAGUGCAGCAACGGUCAAAGGGCAAGGAGAAGCAAUAAAAAUGACACUGCUGCAUCAAUUUGCGGAUUUGCUGAGCCUGAUAACAAUAGGCAUGUGCUUUGUACUGAAAAUUCCGCAGAUAUUGAAGUUAAUUGCUGUAAAAUCGGCCGAUGAGAUGUCGAUGCUGGGAUUAUUUUUAGAAUUGACAAGUUACACUGUGAUGACCAGUUACAAUUAUGCGAAUGGAUACUCGUUAUUGUCCUACUUGGAAUAUCCGAUAAUAUUAGUGCAGGAGUACAUACUGAUAUUCUUCGUGCUGAAAUAUUUGAAGAGAAUCAACAUGUGGUCCUUGUUAGGUGCCACAGUGUACUUUACGCUGAGCAGUUGCUUGCUACUGGGAUUUGUUCCGAAAAUCGUACUUACACUCUUAGCGCCGAUGUGCACGCCGAUCUCAGCUUCCAGUAAAGUCGUUCAGUUGCUGGCUAUACUUCGAGCUAAAAACGCGGAGUCGGUAUCGCCUCUCACCUGGUUUAUAUCCGCCUUCACUAACCUGACGAGGGUAUUCACGAUAUGGAUGGAUUCUGCCGACAUAUUGCUGUUGGGGAACUUCGUCAUCUCGGUCCUGCUAAGCUCCAGCAUCAUGUUCUCCGCUCUUUAUUACAGAAGCCGUCCGUUGAAGCAGGAUUAAAGUAAAUAACAGGGAGAUUGUACAUCUAGUCGCAAGUGUAUGCUACGAAAUUGACGAUUUGUGCCAUAUGUAAGACUUCUUUGUUGAGAGCGUAGUCACAAAAGGUAUACCAUAUUUUAUUUCUGCUAAUAAAAUAUAGAAAUUA